UAUAUGGGAAUAAAAGGUCUAUCUUACCAUUUUGAUCUAGCUAUAUGGUGAUUAUGCAUGACACAAUACAUAUUUGCAGGAAAGUACAAUGUUAGGUUUUUUCAACUGUAACUAUAACAAGAAUCACAGGAAACUUAAAAAUAGGCAUCUGUUUAACUUCAUUGCUCCUUUUUGCAUUAAGAAUCUAUAUGCUAUAUAGAGUAACUUGUCUAUUGUUAGUAAAGAAUAGAAAGAAAAUGCUGUAAUGAAUGAUUUCUAAAAACUGCUUGUUGUAUUCUGAAUAAAUGAGUCACUAGACAGGAGGUUAGAGAGAGAAUACUGUGUCUGUACUCGUUAAAAAAAAAGCUGUGUGUCACUAAUGAGAUAACACAUGUAAAGUCUUUGUAAAUCUUAAAGCACUAACAAAAUGAUCUAUUACUCCAAUUGUAAUCAUUAUUAGACAUAUUGGAAACUAACAAAACAAUACUUCUUUAGUAUGUUAGAGUUCAUCAGCUUUGGUGACCAUGAGAUGGAAGGCCAUUCCUGUGGUACUGCCUUUGAAAAUGUAACUGAAGCCAUCGCUAAUAGGGGACAUUUAAAUAAUAAUUUAAUUCCUCUGCUGCCUUUGGCCUCCCAUUCCUCAGUCAAGAAUAUGCAAUGUUCCCACCAAACUAUGAGUGUGCCCUAAAGAAAAGAGUACUGUUCUCUUGCUUCCAGCAUCCAGCAGACACAGAAAUCAGGCAGGUAUUAAGAAAAUGCAGUCCAAUGCAUUUGGGUAAGCAUUAAGAAAUCUGCUCUUCCCUUCAUUUCUCAAGGGAAAGAGGGAAUACACAACAGAGGCUCUAUUUCUCUGUGACUGAGUAAAAAACAAGGCAUCAAGAGAACACUAUCCAGAAAGACAGCAGGAAACGUGCCAUUCCCUUGGGAGCUCAUUUUGGAGAGAAAGAAAGAAAACCAAAUGCAGGUCUCCAAACUGACUUAGCUUGCUGGCAGCCGCACAUCAAGAAAAGUCUUAGCAGUGGCCCCACCACGCAAAAAAUUCUUUCUUAAACAAAGACUUGUCACAUCUUUCUAUGCUGGAAAAAAGACUUGUCUUGAACUUUUCAUACUGAGGAAAUGUGUGGCAUGGUGGAGGCAGCAGCAGAAGUGCUGCUGGUCCUGAGUAUGGCGUGGCGUUUGGAUGCUCUCUGUUCACCCGCUGUGUUUUACAAGGAUUGCUGGAUCCGACGCUUUCCAGGUUUCCUAAUUGACCUGGAGGAAUCUCAGAAGUUUGGAGCCCAGUUCCUAAAAUAUUACUCAGAAAGCACAGGCCAGAAGUGUGGGAGGAACUGUUGUCUUACAAAGGAUGCUCCCUGCAAUCUGGCUAUUUUCUUCCAUGAUCCCAUCCAUGACAAUGUCAACUGCCUUCAUGUUUACUGCCCUACCCUGGAGAGUUGCAUCUUACAGCCUAGGCAUAGUGCCACUCUGUACAACAUCACAGCAGGUAUUAAUCCAGAUUUGCUUGUUUUUCAAAAAUCAUCUAUCAAAGAUCCAAGUACACAUUCUUCAUUUAAUAGACAGAACAGGCUAACCAAUAUAAAGACUGCUAAUUUAGAAAAAUAUAUAACUACCAUGGUAAGCCCCAUGUUACUGUCAGUAGAGGCUCCAGCUUCAACCACAUAUCAAGAUCUGGUUUUAAAUACCAGCAAUACUAGUUUUUCCAAUGCCGCAACCACAGAGUCUUGGACGACAUCCAUUCCACUGAACGACUUAGUUACUACACAGAUAAAUAUGGCUUCACCCAGUCCUGAUCUCCUCAAUAGUCCAGGUAACAGGACAAUUUCUCCUGCAUUUAAGACUAUAGAAACAAAAAUACUUUCACGUAUGCCUGUUCCGCAGCAUCUCAACAGUAGCAAACAGCUAUUGAAUGAAACCAAAUGGUACAACAGCCAGAACUACACUUCUGAAAAUGAAGAAGAGAGGACUGUUGGGGAAUCUGUGGCUUCAAACAUGUGGCUGGUUCCUGUAGCACUCAGCAUAUCAAUCAUCCUCCUUUGCUCUUGUCUGGUCUUUCUUGCAUCAGGAUGCUGCCAAAAACAAGGACGUUAUAAGCCAGCCUACAAUGAAACACACAACUGAAAAGGGAAGGUUGUGACAACAGUUAAGGGUGCAGGGAUGAUAGAAAACUUUUAAAGUUGACUUCAUUGUCAAUAUUGGUAAAAUAUAAUGUGGGUUAGUAGAAAGAAGGUUGGAUCUGGAGUCAGUAAGAGCUGAAUUUGAAUCCUGCUUCACCUAUUUGCUAGGUGUGUGACCUUGGGUAAAU